AUGCAAGUUUCAAAAGUUCAUUACAAUUGCCGUCAAAUGAAAGUCAAUAUUUCGGUUGACAUGUCUUCGCCCGACAACACCAUCAGACAGUUGGCCAUCGGAUUCGUCGAUCUGAUGGCCGGAUCAGCCGGGGGUGUGGCCACUGUAUUGGUCGGACAGCCGUUGGACACAAUCAAAGUGAAAAUGCAAACGUUUCCCCAUUUAUACAAAAAUACAUUGAGUUGUUUCCGACAAACAGUGCUUAAGGACGGUUGGUUUCGCGGUCUCUACGCGGGAACGGCGCCCGCAUUGGCCGCUAAUGUGCGGCUCUUAAGACACGACAAGACACGGAUGCCAAAGACAGUCGCACUCAGGGAAACAGGAGGCGUCACUAAUAUUGGUUCCGUUCAAUUGACGCGACAGAUACUACGCGACGAAGGCAUUCCCGGCAUGUUUAGGGGUCUGUCCUCUACGAUGGCGCGCGAAAUGCCCGGAUAUUUCUGCUUCUUUGGCGGCUAUGAGUUGGCGAAGAAUGUGUUGCGAAAGGAUCCCGAAGAACAGAAUAUAGGAUUGGUGAAGACGAUACUCGCGGGCGGAUUCGGUGGCAUCUGUUUGUGGACUUCGAUCUUCCCGUUCGAUGUCGUCAAGUCUCGCAUUCAGAUCGAGUCGAGUCGCGACAAAUUGGUUACUGUUUUGAUGCGAAUCGUACGGACAGAGGGUGUGAGGGGUCUGUACAGCGGUCUGACGCCCACUCUAUUGCGGACAUUCCCCUCAACCGGCGCUCUCUUCGUCGCCUACGAGUACACGAAGGAAACGCUGACAACAGCAAUAAUUUUGGAUGAUUUCCUAGCGUUGAGGCUUUAUCCCAAUUGUGGUCACAACUCAUGCCUCGAAGUGAACCCCAUUCGCGACACUAAACUCAGACUCAGAUUCUUCGGACAAUAUUUACCACAACUCACACAACAGAUAAUUGUCACCAAACGGUUCCCACACUUCGAAGACAUUCCAUCGAUGGUAACAGCGAUUCCGAUCGUAGGGUUCGGGUUGUGGUCGUGGAGGAGGCGUACGACCGCUCAGUCAUCGGCGCAACACUCGUGGCCAGCAAUGGGUCGGUCGAUGGGAUGGCCGGCCCUCAGGAACUGCUCACUGGCGACGAGUACACCGCAGUUCGCGACCGACAAGAAUCUGUUGCCACACGUUAUCAUUCAAGUGAAGUUCACGAAGACUAUAGAGAAGCCAUACGACGGACCCAACCAUAUGCUCGGCUCCGGCUUUAUUGUGGACAAGAGUGGAGUGAUUGUGACGACCACUCAAACGGUGCGCAACUAUUCCGAAGUUUACGUCCGAUUCCGGGGCUCCGACAGGAAGUUCGCGGCGCGAGUGUCCGACCGCUUCUACGUCCAGGGAUUGGCGCUCAUCCAACUCAUCGAUCAACAGCCGCCCAAAGACAACGUGUUCGGCAGCGGCGGCGAGUGGCCGGUCGUCCACUUACCACAAGUCGACGAUCGCAGGAGACAAGCGCUAUCCAAGGCGUCCGCCAGCGACAGCGAUGUGCCCGACGUGAAAGACGUGAGAGUAGUGGCCGCCGGUCACGUGGUGUACGCCGUGACGAAUCCGCGCUUUGAUUACCACACAUGUGUGACCAAAGGCAUCAUCGCUGGCGCACCCAAAAAGGGCGGAAACGGACCGCUCUGUCAGUCCGAACACACCUAUUGGAAACACACGGCGGCCGUCAGCUCUGGCGACACGGGAUGCGCUCUCGUCGACAACAAGGGAGAACUGCUCGGCAUGAAUGUCACUCAAACCGCGCGCAACACUGUUUUCUGUCUUCCCGUCGAUUAUAUACUCGCGUAUGUGUUUUCACGGGAAUCCAAAUUCGGCUCAUUUCGAGUGACGCCCAAAGAGAAGUCGAUCGGAGCGCUGAUCCAUCUCUUAGACCAAAGCACUUACAAUGACUACAAUAAGUACGCCGUGAGUGAGCAGAAGGCCAUUCCUCAACAAUUCCCGGGUAUUCUGGUCUGGGGUACGGAUAUAGACUUCGACAGAACCGGUAACGCAGAUCUGCAGCGCUUUGAUGUGAUAACACAUGUGGACAACAAACGGGUGGUAGACCUGCACACCAUGUAUACAGCGUUGGACAGAUUGGACAAUGUGAGCGUCACUUGGGUUAGCGCCAGUGAUGGCCAAACCCGCACGGGUGUCAUCAAGAAGAAAAUCAUUGGUUGGGAAAUGAAAAUCUAA